AUGUGGGUUCAUCCUUUGGUCAGUUCUCGUCCAUCCGAAGGUGCGUUUACUUUACUUUUUGAAGGACUCAGAAGUGAUCCUGAAAAGUUUUUUAAUUUUUUUCGUAUGAGCGUUUCUGCAUUUGAUGAGCUGCUAUCCACAUACUUGGGAGAAAAACAUUUGAAAAUGGAUACACAUCUGCGGAAGGCUAUUUCUCCAGCUGAAAAAUUGGCUGUAACGUUAAGAUACCUAGGAAGCGGAUGUACAUUCCAAGAUUUACAUUAUUCAUUCAAACUAGGGGCUUCAACGGAUAUUGUUAGAGAAGUUUGCAAUGUAGUUUGGGAAGAACUUGCUCAUAUCCAAAUGCCAUCUAUGGCAGAGGAGAUGUGGAAAGAUACGGCAGCCAAGUUCGAACAACGUGCUAAUUUCCCCCAUUGUUUAGGAGCGAUAGACGGGAAGCAUAUCCGUAUUAUAAAGCCAACAGGAACUGGAAGUCAAAAUUUUAACUACAAACAUUACUUCUCAAUUGUCUUGCUAGCAAUCGUUGAUUCUAACUAUAAAUUUGUAUACGUCGAUAUAGGAUCAUUUGGAAAAGAUUCAGACUCAACGAUUUUUAAAAAUUCAACAUUUUGGAAUCUGCUACAAAAAAAUGAACUUAAUAUUCCUGAAAGUUGUCCAAUAUUGAAUACUAGUAUCAAUGCAGAUUAUGUUUUUGUAGAAGAUGAGGCAUUUGGUCUUUCUCAACAUGUUUUACGUCCUUAUGGAGGAAGGAUUAUUAAUUAUCGUUUGUCUCGUGCACGAAGGUAUGUCGAAUGUGCGUUUGGGAUACUAUCCAAUAAAUGGAGAAUUUUUCAUCGACCAAUGAAUGUUACAACUGAAUUAGCAGUGGAUAUUACAAAAGCGUGUUGCGUUCUACACAACUAUGUACGCGAAAAAAAUGGAAUUAAUUUUCAAGAUACUCUGUCUAUUGACGGAUUUGAUGAUGUAAACACUACAUAUUCUGACCGUGGCACACGAUCAGCGAGUGAUAUGAGAAAUACAUUUGCUGAUUAUUUUUCUUCAGUUGGAGCUGUACCUUGGUAG